GGUAAAAGCAUAGAUAAUAUCCAUUUUCGGAAGUCAGAAAACAUUAAGCACGUGUCAUCAAAUCUUGAUAGUGGCUAAGUGAACCUCACUCGCUCUGUAACAAACCAAACAAAAUAAACCAAAGAACCAUAAAUUUGGAUCGCUCGCCUAAAAGAAAGCUCUAAAUAUCAAAACACAAAUUCAAGGAUUCAUUUUCAACAAAUCUUUCUUAUUCUUAUAAUAAUAAUAAUAAUAAUAAUAAUAAUAAUAAUAAUAAUCGAGUCCCCAAAACAAUCUCUCUUGUGAUCAAGUGUCUCUCGUUUCUUUCCCAUCUUCCAAAUCUUUGAUAUACAAAUCUUGAGUGUAACAAAGGUGCUUCUUUUUACAAAGAUCUUUGGGGAUUGGGUUCUUGGUUUCAUUUCUUUUUAGUGUCAAUGGAGAAGAAGGUGGUAGUGGCUGUGGUCUGUGCGGCCGCUGUGGCUGGGGCUGUUACCGCGGCGGUGGUGAUGAGGCGAAAAAUGAGGAGGGAUGGCAAGUUGGCCAAAGCAAUGGAGAUAGUGAAGGAAUUGAAGGAGCAAUGCGCGACCCCUAUUGCGAAGUUGAAGCAGGUUGGUGAUGCCAUGGUUGUGGAGAUGCAUGCUGGCCUUGCCUCCGAAGGUGGAAGCAAGCUCAAGAUGCUUAUCAGCUAUGUCGACAAUUUGCCUACUGGUGAUGAGAAUGGAUUGUUUUAUGCACUGGAUCUUGGUGGAACAAACUUUCGUGUAUUGCGAGUGCAUCUGGGGGGUAAGGAUGGCCGUCUAGUCAAUCAAGAAUUUGCAGAGGUGCCUAUUCCUCCAAAUUUGAUGACUGGAACUUCAGAUGCUCUGUUUGACUAUAUUGCAGCAGAACUAGCAAAAUUUGUUGCUCAAGAAGAUGAAAAGUUUCAACUCCCUCCGGGUAAAAAGAGGGAAUUGGGUUUCACCUUUUCAUUUCCUGUUACACAAACAUCAAUUGCUUCUGGGAACCUGGUUAGGUGGACGAAAGGCUUCUCUAUAGAUGACGCAGUUGGCCAAGAUGUGGUGGUGGCAUUGACAAAAGCCAUGGAAAGAAAGGGUGUUCAUAUGCACGUGUCAGCUCUGGUCAAUGAUACAGUUGGAACCCUAGCUGGAGGCAAAUACUUCAACAAGGAUGUGGUUGCUGCUGUAAUCUUAGGUACUGGGACAAAUGCUGCUUAUGUGGAACGUGCACAAGCAAUACCAAAAUGGCACGGUGCUCUUCCUGAAUCUGGCGAGAUGGUUAUCAACAUGGAGUGGGGUAACUUUAGGUCAUCGCAUCUUCCACUGACUAAGUAUGACCUUGCACUGGAUGCUGAAAGUUUAAAUCCUGGAGAACAGAUCUUUGAAAAGAUAAUUUCUGGUAUGUACUUGGGAGAAAUUGUAAGAAGAGUUCUACUUAGGAUGGCUGAAGAAGCUUCAUUUUUUGGUGAUGCUGUUCCACCAAAACUUAGGGUUCCCUUCAUUUUGAGAACACCUGAUAUGUCAGCAAUGCAUCAUGAUACAUCCUCUGAUCUCAAAGUGGUGGGGAAUAAAUUGAAGGAUAUUUUAGAGAUAUCUAACACAUCCCUGAAAACAAGAAAAGUUGUUAUUGAGCUUUGCAACAUUGUUGCUUCCCGUGGAGCACAACUUGCAGCAGCUGGAAUCUUGAGUAUCCUGAAGAAAAUGGGGAAGGAUACGGUCAAAGAGGGGGAUAAACAGAAGACGGUGAUAGCCUUGGAUGGUGGAUUGUAUGAGCAUUAUAGUGAAUACAGCAAGUGCAUGGAGAAUACUCUUAAUGAAUUACUUGGUGAAGAAGUGUCCAAAAACAUCGAGAUUGUACAUUCCAACGAUGGAUCUGGCAUUGGAGCGGCUCUCCUUGCUGCCUCACAUUCACGGUAUCUUAAAGAUGAGACUGAGACAUCCUAACAAGCAUAGCAAAUGCCUGGGUUCAUUAUUUUUCCAUUUCAUUGCAGCCUCUCCCAUACCAUUUUUUCUCUAAUCAUUUUGUCCUCAUGUUUAUUUUUUGAUAAUUCUUCUUCAGACUUUGAUUGGGAAGAAAGUUCCUGUGAAUAUUUUUAAAUCAUACCUAGUUGAACAUGGCAGGACCUAAAAGCAGCCAAUAUUUUUCGGCUUUGGCCUGCAAUUUAAGUCAUUUGUUCCUGCAGAUGGUUGCCAAUUCCUUUUGGUUGUAAUAAAUAAUCAGCAAAUUAUCCACAUGCUGUUUUUGAAUUAUAGUUCUGUUGGGUAA